AAAGCUCCUAUACAAACCAUGCGAGCCUGGAGUGUGUGAUUAGUGCAUUUGCAUAAAGCACUUAUUUACUGCUAUUCACACAUUUAAUUCGUUUUGGAUUGAGCUCGGAUGCACUUCUGAAGGACUAUUCAAUAUUUUAGCGAUUUGCCAACUUUUUGUUGCUGAGAUCGAGACGUGUGUUUUCUUUUUGGUUUGGAAAUUUGUAACAUCACAAUGGUGGCGAUGACAAAAAGAGUGAAGGUCUUCGAGAUCGCCUUCAAUGAUCCAUCCAAGACAUUUUACUGCAGUGGAGAUAAAGUGGCUGGAAAGGUUUUGGUGGAGGUGUCGGAGGUGACCAGAGUGAUGGCCAUGAAGGUCCUGGGAGUCGGUUGCGCUAAGGUGGAGUACGCGAAAGGCAAGCAGAGAUGCCGUGAAGAAGUGGACUAUCUGAAGUAUGAAGAUGUUGUCCAACUAGACGAACAUCCAACAGACAAUGAUGGUUCUGUCAUUCUCCGCCCUGGCAACAAGUAUGAAUAUUCAUUUGGCUUUGAGCUGCCAGCCCAAGGGCAGCUGGUGUCUUCUUACAAGGGCAAGUUUGGAUUUGUUCAGUACUACGUGAAGGCUCUGAUGGAAAGACCCUGUCAGCCCGCCCUGGAGUGCAAGAAACACUUUGAGGUUGAAGAGCCACUGGAUGUCAACACUCCAGACUUGCUGUCCCCAACUGGUGGCAUGAAGGAGAAGAAGGUGACCUGCAUGUUCAUCCCUGACGGCCAGGUUUCUCUCAACGCUAAGAUUGACAGGCGUGGCUUCUGUGAAGGUGAAGAGAUCUGCAUUGAUGCCAAAUUUGAGAACACCUGCUCUCGCAUCGUGGUACCCAAAGCAGCCAUUGUGGCCAAGCAGACCUACCAAGCCAAUGGCCGCACCAAGGUCUUCAGGCAAAAACUCUCCUCAGUGCGUGGCAACCACAUCAUCUCCGGCAUGUGCGAUGCCUGGCAGGGAAAGAGCAUCCGUGUGCCUAAAAUCAAGCCUUCCAUUUUGGGUUGCAACAUCAUUCGAGUGGAAUAUGCACUUAUGAUUUACAUGCACAUCCCAGGCAGCGAAAAGUUGAUUCUGGAGCUGCCCCUGGUCAUUGGAACAGUGCCCUACAAUGGUUUUGGUAGCCGCACCAACAGCAUGAGCAGUCAGGAUGGUUCCAUCAGCAAUGCAUCGAAUAGCUGGGUGUCCCUGCGAAUGCCAUCAUCCGCCCCACCAAGCUACUGUGACAUUACACGCGAUUGCUGCAUAGACCAACCUCUUACUCCUCUGCUGGAUGACUAUGAUGGUGGAGACAGUCCCAUCUUCAUGAAUGCAGCCCAGUUCCAGUUCCCUCCACUCCCUGCUUAUUCUGAGGUGGAGGAGGAGUUCAAUGCAAACGCCCGCAUGCUUCCUGUCUGCUGAACCAACCUUAGCAGAGCACUAGAACUGAACUGUUGCCCGUAAAAAAGGGUAUAUUUUCCCACUCAAAAGCUCUUCGGGCUUUCACCAUGCGGAUCAAAGUCUGUUUGAGAAGUGUCGUAUGGAUGUGUGAAAGUAAAGAUGAAGCGGAGGAUUUCGGGGCCCCGAGUGGACCUUCUGCAGGACGAGCUAGUCGAAGUUCAGAGGAAGAAGACGUGUAGUCUGAGCUCUCUUGUGCCUGCAUUGCUGACAGCCAUCUUAUAUCAUGCAUCACUCAAGUUAAAUGUGUUUUUGUCAUAUUACCGAUGCUGUUUCAGGGCCUGAAAGAGGGCACAAGGGCUGUUUGGUGUGCUGUAUUUCAUUAUAUUUGAGCUGCUCUUUCUUACUAUGAGAUUACUGCUGAGGUGCAAACUGAUUGUGUCGCAAAAUAGCCAUUUAAGCACACGUAGACUUUCCCAAAUGGUGGUCAUGUACUUUCCAAUAGUCCCCCAAUAUGACAUCCAUUAGCAUUUAGUGCAUCGUUUUCGUUAUCAUUCCAUAAUUGUUUUGUGGGGAUGGAAGAUUUCAUUUGUAGAAACAUUCUUCAACUUGUUUGUUUUUUGGUCAUGAGGUUAGGUUGGUGUUCUAACCAGAGAGAUAUAUAUAUAUUGAAUGUAAAGAAGAUUUGUGGUAUACCAUACUCUUUUCAUCAAGGGAAAAAUCAUACAGUGUCAGUUUGUCUUUGAACAGUGUUGAGGCUGUUUUUUUUUUUUUUCUUUUUAUUUGAAUGCACUUUUUAUGGAUGCAAGUUGCUGUGUAACUACUCCCAGGGAGAUUUCCUAUGUUUUUCUUUUUGUCUUUCUUUUGUCUUCCAAAAUUGUUUAGGGAUCAGGCAUUGCAAUCCCAACUCAAGACUGUACUGUAAUGCACUCAAAACCUUGUCCUAAGAAAGGGCUCCAGUGAUGCUGUUUUUUCACUGUGGACUUGAGCAUUAGGCCAAAAAAAGAGAACUCAACACUCCAAGUGCCAAAAUUGGGGUCUGUUUGGACUUGAGCCCUGACCACGUUGAUUUGUGAGACCAGAAGCUGCACUGUGUGCAGUUAAUCCUGAAGACAUUUUGAUCAACAUUUCACUUGUGGAGAUCUUCCUGAAAUUUGUUGAUUGUGUGUGUGUGUUGUUUUGUUUCUUCACAGAGUGAAAUAUUACUGUUAUUAUAAACAGUGCAAAAUGUGCAAAUAUCCCUUUUUUGUAUGUAAUUUAAAGAGUUUUUGUAUGAGAAUUCAUUUUUAAUAAAAGUUUUAAGAUGUCA